UGUGACUCGGAAGAUGUUGUAAUUGAAACUUCAGUAAUAUUGCGCUGUUUUUUUUGUUUUUUAAGUUAAUAUUAACAGUGUUUACAAAUGCGUAGUACGUAUUAUAAGCCCCAGAAUGGCACAAACUGCACAUAUGCCAAGUUAAAAGGUUCAGGUCAGACUAAACCGCACCCUGCUGUCUCAGACAUGCCUCAGAAACCACAGAAGAGCUCUCAGGCUGCACACUACAUCGAGCUGGGAAGUUAUCAGUACUGGCCUGUACUGGUGCCCAGAGGUAUCAGACUGUACACAUAUGAACAGAUCCCACUGUUUCUGAGGGAGAACCCCUACAUCACAGAUGGAUACAGGGCAUACCUGCCCUCCAGGCUGUGCAUCAAAAGCCUCUUCAUCCUGUCCAAUGAGACGGUGAACAUCUGGAGCCAUCUCCUGGGCUUCCUGCUCUUCUUCUGUCUUGGGGUGUACAACAUGGCCUCUGUGCUGCCGGCUUUUGGCGCCUCCAGAGAGGAUUAUGUCAUCUACUCCAUUGGACUCUUCUGCUUCCAGCUGUGUAUGCUGUGCUCCGUGGGGUACCACCUGUUCUCCUGCCAUCGCUCAGAGAAGACCAGCCGCCGUUGGAUGGCGCUGGAUUACGCCGGCGUUUCCAUCGGCAUCCUGGGAUGCUACGUUCCCGGAGUCUUCUACACCUUCUACUGUAACAAUUACUGGCGGCAGGUGUACCUGGUGACGGUCCUGGCCAUGAUCCUGGCCGUGUUCUUCGCUCAGAUCCACCCUCAUUACCUCAGCAAGCAGUGGAAGCAGCUGCGCUCCAUCAUCUUCUGCUCUGUGGCCGGAUACAGCCUCAUCCCCACCGUCCACUGGAUCUGCAUCACAGGAGGGUUCUCCUCUGAACUCGUCCAGGCAUUUGUUCCCCGAGUUCUGGGGAUGUACGUCAUUGCAGCACUGGCGCUCAUUUUCUAUGUUUCAAAGGUUCCUGAGCGUUACUUCCCCGGUCAGCUGAACUACGUGGGCUCCAGCCAUCAGAUUUGGCACGUGCUGCUAGUGCUCAUGUUUUACUGGUGGCACCAAGCAUCGGGCUUCAUCAUGGCGUACAGACACAGUCAGCCCUGCCCCAGCGCCCCCCCACACGCCUAGAUCGCUGCUGCGGGCCGGGACCGCGGCGCUGAUGAAUGUCGGCUGCAGUGGGUCCAGUUUGGCAGAAGAAGCGGAGACGCUGAGCUUCGGUCUUCGGUCCAUCAGUGUCCUCACAGAUGGACUCUUACCUGUGUCUUCAGUCCACCUCACCUGUGAGUCUCUGUGAUGAGGAGGAGCCGUCAGAGGGGCUGCAGAUUUGAAUCGAUCCAGGAUGUGAGGUGACCUAUGAACACUGAUGAAAACAGAGAGGCCCUCUGAGUGAUUGUAGAUGAUCAGCAGCAGCUGAGGCUCCUUUAAGAACUCAUGUUUGUGUAUAAACUGCAGGGUGGGCAGCAGAAGUGCCUGUAAGUGAACCUGCAGCUCCUGCAGAACGACAUGUUUCCAGCUGUGUUUUAAAGGGUUAAAGCCACAGCUGCUGUUAGUAGGGCAGAUGAACUCUGACCUCAGUAUUGUACACUACGAGCAAACAAAAACAUUUCUGAUAUUUUAUUAAAUAAAAAAAAUGAUCACACCAUGAACAAACCAAAGUUUCCUUCAGUGGGAAUGAAUCGCUCUCAUCCCUUUAUGGUGACACGUUCACGCUGUCACAGGUACUGCCAACACCUGGGUACCUGAAGCUCCAGGUGGUCGGGCGUCUCCUCCUGUUUCACACUGACAUUUAUUUAUAUAUAAAGAGCUAAAAGGUUUGAAGGUUUCACAGUCACCUGACACAGCAUGUUGUUUGGUGUGUCAUAAAGAUGAGAAGAUCCUCUUUCCCGUCUUUCUGGGGGGUGAUGGGCAGUUUGGCCUUUGAUGGGGGGGGGGUCUUGUUGAGCUUUUAAACUGCGUCCCAGCUGAGAGCUGCAGGAAGGAGCCCUAAAACUCAGUGUUUGACUCUUCUGUUCAUUUUUGGUUCGGCGGCUAAAAUAAUGUUUUUAGGACGAGUUUCCAACAUUUUUGCAGUGGUUUAAAGACUUCACCACACUGGAGCUCAGUGACGGUCCUGUUCCUGACAUUCUCGCUUUCAUGCUUCAAAAUCUUGUAAACGGUCAAUGUGUGAAUAUCAUACUGAUGAAUAUUGUUUCAUUAUUAGACAAACACCGACUGGAUGUCACUGAGUCAGUUCAGUGUUCUGCGUAACAGAUGGACGUGGCUUCCUGGUCUGAAAGUGCCUUAAACCUGCAGUGCUUUUAAUGACCACCAGGGAGCGAUACCUGUGGUUACAGAGACGUCACCGCGGCUACGUCCAUCUUUCAGACGGCUGAACGUCUGCAGCAGUUAGCAGGAGCGCUAAUGUAGCACGGAGGAAACUCGGCUUUUCAUUGGAUGCUUGGAGUCGUUUUUAACUUGCAUGCAAACUGUCGUUGACUUGUUUACCCUCACGUGUGUGUCUGUGUGUGUGUCUGUGAGAGGAGAAGAGUACAAACUGUUGUACAAGCAGAAUCUGAAGUCUGAUAUAAAGGGAGGUUCUCGGAGCGUUGGGUCAGGAUCAGGAGAAAAAGCCAUUUUUGUUUUUGUGGUUCAUCUGUGCAGCGCUCUCUUUUUAAUGCUCGUCUAUGAACGCUGACACUUGUUACUAAUUAUAUUUAAUUUUGUUGUUUGCUGAAAGACUUCCUCACCGAGCACUCGAACAAUCAAAUCCCUCAAACAGGUUUCCUCAUCGAGGGCGUUUCUGUAACUCCUGUUGGUUUGAAGUUGGGACGCAGUUUUAUUUUACAAGAUUCAAACGAUGACUUAAGUAUUUCACAGGAGCUGCAGCUCUGAUAUCUACUGUAAACUGCGAACACUUUACAAAAGCAAACUUUAAGCUUCAUUUGUGGAAACUCUGUCUUCAGUAUUUUAGGACAUCAUAGCCCGCAGUAUGCUUUCGGGUGAGGUGCAAUGUUGCAGGUCAGCUCUUUGUGUUUCCAUGUUGGAAUAAAAUCAGUAUAAAUACAUGUUUUCAUCCUCAGCAGUGCGCCUGCUGGGGGCGCUCUCAUUCUGAUGUUUUCUGUAAUUAAUGUUUUUAAUGUUGGGAAAAUCUUCUCUGGUUUGUUGUUCUGUGUUUAAUUUAUUCAUAAUGAAUCUGCUCAGUUUGUAUUUUCUUCCCUGUUUCUCUCAUUUUGUAGGAAAGUUUUAUAUAUUGACUUUUCAUACCUGAGCAUCAAACAGUUGAAAUAAAAGUAACCAUGUGCUGUUU